GUUGCUUCACCCGUCGAAAAAUUCUAGCACGGACUGCAGUCUUGGACACACUGCACAACAGCCAACGUUCAUAAUCAUAUCCCAAGCCCAGCCAACUAACAAUUAUGAAUCCACUCAAAGUCAGUAUCCUAGGCUGAGCUCCAAGUUUAGGAAGAGUCGUAAAGCCAACGCUGCAGUAGUCCAGCCAAUCGGAGCGGAUGGCUUCUGCUGCGGUGGACUCCGGGCGCCAGCGCAGCCUGCUGGCAAAUGCUCAGGCUCUUGUCGCCGAGCUGCGCGCGCUGCCGCUCGACCCGGCCACAACCCGGGCGAGCUACCCGCGCAUGUUCGACCUCGUCAGACUCGUGAAGCGGUACAGCGAGGCCACGGCCGCGCUCCCGGCUGACGAGACGCGAGCAAUGUGGGAGCAGCGUGGACAGUGGCUGCAGGAGGAGGUGGCGGGCCUUGCUCAGGAGCGCAUCUACUCGCCCGACCAGCAGCAGUACUGGCUCAAUCUGCUGCUGCUGCUGUUUGCGGGGGCGGAGGCGUGCGACCGGGCACUGCGGGAAAAGCUGGAGCUGGACCUGGCUCUGCAGGCCGCUCACCGCCAGGCUGCGGAGCUGGGUGAGCAGCUGCGGGCGGCGCGCAGCGAGGCGGAGCAGGCGGCGCAGCGCACCGCCGUGCCUCCCGGCCUUGCUGAGGAGUUGCUGGAGGCUCGGUCCAAGGCCGCGGUGCUGGCGGCUGAGCUGGAUAAGGGGCGGGCCGAGGCGGCGGCCGCCGCGCAGCAGAUGCAGUUGCUAGUGGCGGAGCGGGACUCACUGCGGCAGCAGGUGGACGGGCUACGGGCGGAGCUGGCGGCGGCGCAGGACACCGCCGCCAGCAGGCAGGAGGUGAUCCAGCAGCUGAUGCAGCGCACCGAGACCAGCAGCAGCCAGGGGCAUGCCACGGCCGCGGAGCUGACGCGGCUGCAGACGCACUGCAACACGCUGAGCGUUAACCUGGAGACCAAUGCCAAGGUGAUCGAGAAGCUGGUGGAGCUGAACAGCGAGCUGAUGGACAACCUGAACGUGGCCACCGCCGCUGCCGACAUCAAUAAGAAAAAGGCGGCAGCGGGAGCAGGCGAGCAGCAGCAGCAGCUGCAGAUCUCGACAGGAGGGGCAGCAGCAGCGGGGGCGCCAGGGGCAGCACCAGGCGGAGCGGCAGGUGGCGGCAGCAGCACCGGCGGGGGAGCAGGAGCGGGCACGGGCGGGAGCCCGGGGCCAAGUGGCUUUGGGGCUGGGGCUGGGGGCACGAGCUACCAGGCGGGGGCAGGCACAGCUGCUGCAGGGGCAGCUGCAUCAGCGCCAGGGGGUGCCAAUAGCACGUUGGGAGCGCCAUGGCUGCAACGAAACGGCGCCGAGCCGGCCUCCAACGGUACCUACGGCACGCCCGCCUCGUCCUUCUCCGCAUACGCCGCCUCUACCGUUGCCUCCACCGCUGCAUCCGCGACGCCGCCACCGCCCCGCAGCGGGCAUGCGGAGCCGUCUCUCACUGACGCGUUCGCGGCAUUCCUAAAAGACGAGCAGCCGGCUGCGAAACCCGCAACAGCGGCGUUGCUGGCGGCGCCGCCAGGCAGCGCGCAGUCCUCGCAGGGUGGCCAUGGGCAUCCGCCAGGAGCGGCGGGAGCAGGAGGGGCAGGAGGAGGCGGGGGGCCUGGGGCCGGCCGUCGGGGCUUCGGGUUGGGCCUGGGGACGGUGUUGAGGUACGUGGCGGGGUCGGAUCGCUCGAACACGGGGCACACGGCGGGUGCGGGGCAAGGGGGCACGGGUGGGGCGGGCGUGCCGACGCCGCCGUCGGGCGCGGGCGGUACGGCACCAGGUCAGCCGGCGAGGGCGAUAGGCGAAGGUAGCCGAUAGCGCUAGUGUAGAGCACAGGUAGGCAGGUCGGCGUGGCAUUUGCAGAAUAGUGUAAGUCAAGGCAGUUUCGGGUAUGGCACCCUGUGGUGAUGUGAUGGGGUGGUUAAUGGGUGUGCCGGCAUGGCGUUCCGGGUGGACGUGGCGCCGUCAUCGGUCGUUGGACUAACGCUGAC